AUGUUUCUUGUACUUAAUGAACUCAAGAAUGUAGGUGAAGAUAGACUCGCAAACUUCAACGCUUUGAAAUCAAUUAUUACGGAUAAUGAGAUUAGAAUUAAUGAAAAGAAUCAACCCAGAAGAACAGCUCAGAAUGUUGCCAAUUUCGUUUUCGUAACUAAUAACGUCUACCCCGUCAAAAUUGAAGUUGGAGACAGAAGAUACGUAGUUUUAAGGGUUAAUGGUAAAUUCAAGGGUCAAUUUGAUUACUUCAAGAAUUUAAUGGAUUCAUGCACUAAGGAAUUUUAUGAUAAUUUACUGACGUAUUUUAUGCAAUAUGACCUUUCAUCAUUUAAUGUACGAAUCAUACCGAUGACUGAAGCCAAACAAGAUUUAAUAGAAUUAUCAACAAAUCCUUUAGAUGAAUGGAUAAAUACACAUUAUGAUGAAUUAUGUGCAGGUAUGACGUGUAAAAAUGCUCUAUUCUGCAAACCAUCAGACAUGAAAGACAAAAACUUUCAAAUGAGCAUUAAGGAUAAAUGUGAAAGGAAACAAAGAAAAAUAGAUGGUAAACAAACAUGGUAUUAUGUUUUGAAAGAAGAAAUGAAAGGAUUAUAUAAACAAAUUGAACCAAACGAUAAUGAGGAAUCAUUUACUGACGAUGAAAUACCUGUGAAUGAAGCUUUAUAA